AUGUCUUAAUAGGAUGAAAAAUAGGAUGAAAUUGAAGAUAUCCAAAAAAAAAGGAUAUUAUUAAGUGAAGAACACAAAGGAUUUCAAGAAAUCGCAGAUUUAUUUAACAAAACAAUUAUUUAAGGUAAUCAAUCUAGAGUUUAAAGUCCAUUGUAGAAUUCUGAAAUCUAUUCUAAUCAUAUAAAAUAGUUUAAUGAUUCUAACUAAUCUAAUAUUGUAUAAAUUGACAAAAGAUUUCUGCUUCCUGAAGAUGCAAAUUAUAUAACUUAUCUAUCAGAAAACUCCAAAUUAUUAAAGGAAAAAUAUGUUUAACAUUGUUUGGAUAGUGUACAAUCUAUCUAAGAAUUUGUUUUAAAUCAAAGAUCAAGAAGAAAAAAUAAAUAUAGCAAUUUUGAAAAAAAAGAUGUAAUUGACCUACAUUAAGUUAACAAUCAAAUUAAUUAAUAAAAUAUUAAGCAAUGUCAAUAACUCAUUUCUGAAGUAAAUAGUAGUAAAAAACUUUCAAAUAGCAGCAAUCCUAAUAUUUAAAAACUAUAUGAGGAUCCUGAAUUAUAAGAAAAGUUUUCUAUAGUUUCAAAAAUAUUAGAAAUUUUAAAUGAAAAAAAAAAAAUAUAAUCAACAUCUCAAAAAAUUUCCAUUUUAGAGGAUGCCUUGAUUUUAUGUUUAGUAUAUUUGCAGUUAUCCAAUUUAAGAUAAGGUCAAUAAGAAUGGUAUAGUUUUAUAUAAAAAAAUUAUAACUAUUAGAGAUCCUUUUAAAGUUUUGUAACAAGGUAAUUAUAAUUUAGGAUUAAAUUAGAAUCAAGGUUCAGCGUAAUUUAUAUGACUAAUGGACUUUAUAAAAUUUAAAUUAAUUAUAUAAAGUUCUUAAAGAAUAUCCAAUAGAUUUACUUGAAAAUCUGACUUUAAUUUAGCAAAAUAGUAUUACACUACCUAAGCAAAGCUGA